CGUGACGUUGGGGGCGUAGUCUAAUCAUGCCAAAUAACAUAACAACAUAUGACGCAUACUAGUAUAAUAACUUGUCAUUCCCGUUUUCACCGGCCACACAGUUAGUUGCCCUCGUUGCCUUCUGCAGUUUAUCAACCCACAAUAAGCAUAAAACAGUUUACUAUCAACCCAUACGAAUACAUUGAUAUAGAUUUAUUAGUUGUAAGGCAGUUUAAAGAAUUAUGGCGGAAUCCAGUAUAAAAAAUGAAAUUAGAAUGGUUAUGGUCGGUAAAACGGGUGUGGGAAAAAGCGCGUUAGGGAAUAGCUUACUGCGAAAAAAACACUUUGCAUCGAGUGCUACUGGAACGUCCGUGACGUCUAAAUGUAAAUUUGGGAAAGGCAAGCUUCGUGAUGGCACCGAGAUCUGCAUUAUCGACACAUCAGGGAUUUUUGACACCAGAAAAAGUAACGAGGAAACGACGAUGGAAAUAGUACGGUGCAUUGGCAUGUCGUCCCCUGGUCCACACGUCUUUUUCUUUGUCCUCAGAAUCGGCCGAUUCACCGAUGAGGAACUGAAAACCAUAGAUCAUCUAGUGGCUAUCUUUGGAGAGGACGUCAUCAACCAUGUUGUAAUCGUCUUCACUGGUAAAGACAAUCUAUCACACGAUGGGCUUACGUUCGAGAAUUUUCUGCAAAAGGUUCCACCGAAACUCAACGCUUUAAUUCGGAAAUGUGGCUCACGUUGCGUCACCAUAGACAAUUAUUCUAGAGUGGCCGAAGAAGUUCAAGCAGAUGUUGAUAGCAUAAUUAAGAUGGUUCGUAAAACCAUAAACCAAAAUGGCGGAACUCACUAUACAGGAGAAAUGUACAGAGCGGCAGAGGAGGCACUCAAAGAAAAAAUGAGGUUGAUUGACGAAGAAAAAAAGCGAAAGGAAAGAGAGCUCAAAAAGAGAUAUGAUGCACUUGAACGACGAGAGAAAGAACUAGAGGAGACUGCUACAAAACAAACACAGCAGUAUGAAAAUGAAAGGCAGAGACUAGUGGCUGAGAUGGCGGCAUUGAGGAAUUCUAAUCCUCGUCAACAAGUGCGAGAAGAGAUGGAGUCGUCGGAUGGCUUUCUUACAACACUGUUCAAGGCUAUUGGAACUGCGAUUGUUGGCGCUGUCACUGCUGUUGCUUCCCGGUGUACUAUCAGUUAAUAAGACAUGAUUUGUAUACGGUCCAUAAACAGUUUCGCUUUAUGUCAAAAUGACCGAAUCUCUUUAUGAUUUCAAUAAAUAUGUCUCGCUAAUCCGCACACUGCCACUGGUUUCACUGGUUAGACUACAAGAGAUUCUUGUGUACAACCCAAGUAGUCAGUCCAGAGGAGAACCUUGUUACAAGCCGUCCUUAGGAGAUCAGCUUCAGGUCACAUUCCUAAGGACCAAGUUAAUGUACCUGUUUUUGGAGACAAAACUUUAAUUGCAAUUCUCAUAUCCAUAUUGUAGCUUAUCAAUCACUAAGAAUUUGUAACUUUUCAAUCACUAAGAAUUUGUACCAAUAUUGUUAACUUAUCAAACAUUAAGAAUUUGUAUUAAUAUUGUUAACUUAUCAAUCAGUAAGAAUGUGUACCAAUAUUGUUAACUUAUCAAACAUUAAGAAUUUUUAUUAAUAUUGUUAACUUAUCAAUCAGUAAGAAUUUGUACCAAUAUUGUUAACUUAUCAAACAUUAAGAAUUUGUACUAAUAUUGUUAACUUAUCAAUCAGUAAGAAUUUGUACUAAUAUUGUUAACUUAUCAAUCAGUAAGAAUUUGUACCAAUAUUGUUAACUUAUCAAACAUUAAGAAUUUGUAUUAAUAUUGUUAACUUAUCAAUCA